UGGAAGGUGAUAUUUUCAUUGAAAUUUUGCUUAGGUUUUCAGGCUUUUGUUAGGAAUUUUCUGUGACGCUUGAUUGCAUUUGUGAAACUGUGAUUGAUUCGGAAAGUUUGAAUUUUUAUCGAGUGAUCUAGGUUUCUUUUUGGUGUUUGUUAGAUGUUUGAACCUUUUUAGGUUUAGGGUAAAUAUUUAUAUUCAUUGCGGGAUUGUUUGGCUUUUGGACUAGAAGAAUUUAUGGUACAAGUUUUAUGAUGUGAAGGUUUCUUUGAGGGAGCUUGCAUAAAUGGAGUCUUCAAAUGAGACAAGCUACCAAGCUCGAGAAGGCCCGAUUCUCUGCAUCAACAACUGUGGCUUCUUCGGAAGUGCUGCUACGAUGAACAUGUGCUCCAAGUGCCAUAAAGACAUGGUACUGAAACAGCAGCAGACACAAUUUGCUGCAGCAUCAAUCGAGAACAUGGUUAAUGGCUGCAGCAGCUCUAGCAUCAACCAGAAAGAGCCUCUCCCUGCCAAUGCAGUGAGCGUGGAUGCUGGGGCAGUUGAUUUAAAACUCGAUUCCCCCCAACCAAUUCCUGAUUUGGUGAGCUCGGAGCCAAAGCCAAAUGAGAGACCGAGCCGGUGCACUAGUUGCCGUAAGCGUGUGGGAUUAACCGGAUUCAGUUGUAGGUGCGGGAACCUUUUCUGCUCGGUCCAUCGCUACUCGGACAAACACGAGUGCUCGUUCGACUACCGGUCGGUCGCUCAGGACGCCAUAGCGAAGGCGAACCCGCUCGUUAAGGCUGAUAAGCUCGACAAGAUCUAAAAUUGAUUGGACAACUUUCUCUGGAGUAGUGUUCUUCAGCUUGUGCAAGCUGUUUGCGUUCAGCGAGGGUUUCGUCUCUACCAAAACAAAUCAAGGUACUUACACUUGAUUCAUACCCAGCGUUAGGGUAGGCUGCUUGUGUCCUAAUAAAAUCUCUCGUACUCUGAAAUAAGUUGUGAAUUAUAAUAGAAGCUAUGCUUUGAAAUACGAUUUUACUCUGGUCAGUUUCUAAAAUGUUUAGCUACGAUAUGCUUGUCUAUGAAAUUGGUAUUCAAUUGUGAUUUGCAGAAUAUCGUUACCACUAACUUGCUGUUAUUUCUAUGUGUGUCUUUGUGUAUUAACAAAUAUCGUUUCAGUUUUUUUGUUGAUUGAUAAACUAUGAGUAAUUUGAAGAUGAUUAUAUGGCCUUGAAGUUUGCCAUUUGGGAAAUUACCCAAUUAUGAGUAAUUUGAUGGUUGUUUUUGAUUUUCAGUAUUAGAGACGUGCUAAAUAUAUGAACUAUCUUCUUCCACUUUAACUACGCGUUAUUCGUCUGAAGAUACACAUAUUGCUUUGGGGUAAUAUUUCUUAUUCGUUUGCAGACUUGUGUUUUGCGUUUGUUUGUUGAGAAUCGUAAUGCCGACAGACGACAUUAAUUCAUUGUGCAUAUACUUGUUGAUGGAAGAACAACUUUUCCAUCAAUAUUUGGUUUUAUUAAUGUUAGCUUGCCACAUUAUGAUUAGGAUAACAUCACAAAAACAAAAAAGGGUUUCCAACACGCGUGCUUUUGGUAUGAUUGAACGCAUUCAUGAUCAAAUCAUGCAUAUAAAUAGGCUCGUGGGUGUUAGUGAUGUCGAUUGUCUAGCGAACUUACGUAUGGACCGCAACACAUUCGGUCGACUUUGUAUUUUGUUACGUGACUUAGGGGGGUUAUUGGAUGGGUGGUUUAUUACGGUAGAAGAACAAGUGGCAAUGUUUUUGUCUUAUUCUAGCACACCACAAAAAAAUAAGGUUUUUAGGUUUGAUUUCUGGCGGUCUUGUCAAACUGUGUCAAAAUUCGUGCACCUCGUCCUCAAGGCAGUUCUCAAAUUGCACGUUGAUUUAUUCAUCAAACCCAUUCCCGUUCUAGACGAUUGUACGACAACAAGUGGCAAUGGUUCAACGUAACACAUUAUUCAUUUUUCGGUGUUUAAUGAUACUCUAGUUCAUACUUUAGGAUGUGGAUAUUAUAAUAAAAUUCUUUAUAUUUUAGAUUUAAUUAAUUAUUUUUGCCCAUCUUCUUUUAAAUAGCUGAAAAUUAUGAAAUUCCACUAUGUAGGGCUGUUUGGGUGCUCUUGAUGGCACAUAUAUAAACGCGAUGGUAAGCAAUGACGAUAAGCCUAGGUACCGGACACGAAAAUGGCAGAUUUCUACUAACACACUCGCUAUUUGUGAUCGGAAUAUGAAAUUCGUCUACGUGUUGCUUGGUUGGGAGGGUUCGGCGACGAAUUCAAGAAUAUUGCGCGAUGCCCUCGCACGGGUGAACAGGCUGAGAGUGCCUAAAGGUACUUCUCCUUGUUAUCAAACAAAAUCUAUGUACUUUGGCAAUUAUUUAUACUUGAUAUUCUGACAGCGCAAUGUCUAAUGAAACAUGAAACUAUUAUCUAUGUGACAACGGGUAUGUCAACAGCGAGGGGUUUCUUACCCUGUACACGGGCAUACGAUAUCAUCUGAAGGAAUGUGAACCGAACACAGCCGACAGCAAAAUACAAUGGAGUUAUUCAACUUACGCCAUUCGAAGGCACGAAAUGUUAUUGAACGUGCUUUUGGAAUAAUGAAAAUGUGUUGGGGGAUAUUGAGAAGCGCGACCUUUUAUCCCGUAAUGACCCAGAACUGGCAGAUCAUGUUGUGUUUUCUUCUGAAUAAUUUCAUCCAUGCAGAGAUGCCAGACGAUCCAAUUGAACAAGAGUUUGAUAAUGCAGCUACGAACGAGUAGGAAGAUUCUGAGAUUGAGGGUGAAUUCAUAGAUGGAAUAGAGGCUUCUCCCGCAUGGAAUGCAGAGCGAGAUGCAAUUGCCCAAGCCAUGUGGAACAAUUAUUUGAACAACCCGUGAAUUGCUUCGUAUCUUUAGAUUUUAUAGUGAAUCUUGGCUGGUUGUUUGUCUGUACACAUUUGCUAGGGACCAAGGGCUGCCUAACUGCCCCUAGUUUACAAUGUUUGUUUUAUUUUGAGCAUGUUGAAAACUUGGAAUUUUAUUUGUGGAUUGUGGUCUAUUUGAAUACGUGAAACUGUUUUGGUGUAAUGGUUUGUCUGUGAUUGUGAUUGUUCGAAUGUUGUUAUGCUUGAAUAUGUCAUCUUUGGGCUUUAUUAUU